AUGGAUGUAUUGAGAUUAUUAGCUACUUGUAUUUGUACUAGUGCGCGAAAUACUUAUUACAGGAGUGUUAUAAUUAAUAAAUAUGUGUUUGUUGUUAUUGUCAGAAGCCUUCAAACUGGAAAUGUGUCACUCACAUUAGCAGACGAAAUCAAAAAAUAUAAAACAGAUGCUCUUAUGGAAUUUUUACAGAGAGAAGAGGACUUGGAGCUUGAUGACUUGAAAGUUAUUCGUGAAGAAAAAGUUAAUGGGCGUGACUUUCUCAAGUUAACCGAAGAAAAACUUGAGCAACAUGGAAUGAAACUGGGACCUGCAUCGAGGCUUGCAGACUUCAUUAAGGAGUGUGCAAUCCGUCAAUUUCCACCAAAAACAUAUACACUCGAAGACGAUGAUGAGGAAUUGAAAUAA